CUCCCUACGGGCCAUGGAGGAGCGCCUUCAACUGGACAUUCAACUACCGGACUGACUCUGAUAUCUUCGCGCCAAACAAUCGUUUGGCUUGGAGGAACCGCACGGACCUUUUACCGGACUCCGUUUAUUUGGAAAUUGCUAAGAACAAAACUAGAAGUGUGGCCUGGUUUGUCAGUCACUGUGCAACUCAGUCAAAGCGAGAGAUUUAUGUCAAAGAGAUGAAGAAGUACAUCGAUGUGGAUAUAUACGGUAACUGCGGCAUGCGGUCAUGUAAACGGGCUGAAGAAAGUCAGUGCGAGACUAAACUGACCUUAACCUACAAGUUCUACCUCAGCUUCGAAAACUCCCUCUGCAAGGAUUACAUUACAGAAAAGUUCUUCAGAAACAUUAAGUAUCGUUCUCAUAUCAUCCCUGUUGUAAGGGGUGGGUUCGAUUACAGCAAAUACAUUCCUAUCGGGGCUUUCAUCAACACGGCGAAUUUCUCCUCAGCGAAAGACCUGUCCCUGUAUCUAAAAGAGCUAGGACAAGAUCACGUGAGAUACGCUAGAAUGCUGAAAGAAAAAGAUAAGUUGACGACUCUAAAUUAUAAAUUCGAUUGGUGUGAUAUUUGUGAAAAAGUCCACACUGACAACAGAGCAAAAGUGAUACCGGAUAUCAAAGAGUGGUCACAUAAAGAUGCUUGCUAUGCGCCAACUGACAUUUCGAAAUCACGAUGA